AGAAGAUACAAGUGCGAGUACACGUUUGAUCAAUAAUGGGUAAAUGCUGCAGUAAAUGUUUCAGAAAGCAGGAGAAGGAUGACGAGGAUGAUUUUUACACCCCUGCAUCGCGGACACCACCUCGAUUGUCCUCCACACCUCCCCUGUCCAUCCGGCGGAGCUCCUCCUGGCCCGUCUUUCCUCCCCCAUCCACCCUCCCCUCCCUCUCUCCUCCUCCACCCACCACCCUCUCUCACUCCUGCCCCAACAUCACCAUCGACAUCGUCGCCCCCAUUCCCUCCCCGCCUCCAUCCCAGCUGCCUCCAGGUCUUGGCUCUUCCUAUCCCUCUGACUCUUCCUCUACUGCUCCUACGGAGUCGUCAGGGUCAGGGUUGCCUCUGGUCGUGGCAAGGGAUCUGGGUUUCCCCAACCUGGGAAAUACUUGUUUCAUGAAUGCCACCAUCCAGGCUCUUCUGGCGACAAGGCCAUUCACCAAUGAUGUCCUCAGCUUUCCCUGCCCGGAACAAAUUCCCUGUGACAGUAGCUCUCCUCCCAUUCUCAGGUGA